AUGGAAGUUUUCCAUGAUUUACCUAUUUUGGACAGCAGCAUAUUAGCUGCAGUGAUUGAUACUUUCCCAUCAAAGCCUCUGUCUAGUAGAAGUGGUGAAUAUAAGGUGCAAGAAAUUGUUGUCAUCAAUGAGGAUAAUGAUAGUGAGUUGGGGAACAACCAAAAGGGUGAAACUUUCUGGGGUAAAAUUACACAGUACGUGAAUGAGAACGCCAAAAGUGGAAAUUUCUGGGGUAAAAUUACACAGUACGUGAAUGAGAACGCCAAAAGUGGAAAGGAGAGGAUUGUGUCUCGGACCUCUCGGUGCCAUAGUCAUUUCAAAGACAUCAACAGAAAGAUAUCCAGUUUCAUUGGCUGCUACAGUACUGCAUGUAGGGAGAAGCGUAGCGGUUGGUCCGAUGAAAACUACAUAUCCAAGGCAAGAGAGUUGUACUUUGAGAAAAUAGGUACGACGUUUAAUUUGGUGGAUGAGUGGAAGGUGGUUCGUAAUCAACCCAAAUAUAUGACAGGAGGAAAUGCAUCCGGUAGUAGUGGCUCUAAAAGAAAGAGUAGUGGGCUUCCUGGUAGUUUGAAUGAUAUAAAUGUACUAGAUAGGUCACCGGUUUUUGACGACAUUGAGUCUGGUGAAGCUCCACGGGUAAACUUCACCGUAAAUGGGCGGGAGUACAAUCUUGCAUACUAUCUUGCCGACGGAAUCUACCCUAAGUGGCUUGUCUUCGUGCAGUCAAUUCAAAUGCCCCAAGGCAACAAACAUCAAUUUUUUGCCAAACAACAGGAAUCAUGCAGGAAGGACGUGGAACGCGCAUUCGGGGUACUCCAAGCACGCUUCGCUAUUGUCCGCCAACCAGCUAGAAUGUGGGAUCUUGAUGUCUUAGGAAAAAUAAUGAGGGCGUGCAUUAUUUUACAUAACAUGAUAGUAGAGGAUGAACGAGAUACGUAUUCGCGAAACUGGGAAAAUAUCGACUUUGAACCGUCGAACAAUGCUAGCUCUAGCGCCUCUUUUAAUGUUCAAACAGACGUGUUGCCGGAGUUUCAAGUCCAUGUUCAACACCGAUCUGAGGCAGAUAAUCAGACUAGAGUGGAACUACGAGAUAAGACCCAACAUAUUCAGCUGAAGAAGGAUCUCAUCGAGCACAUUUGGCAGAAGUUUGGGACAACCUCCGAUUAA